AUGUCUAAAUCAGAUACCGAGCAAGAUAAUGAGGAUGUUGUUAUGGAACCAGAAUUGAGAAUGGUUCCAAAUUAUGAUGUAUCCGAUAAAUCUUUUUUGUUAACUCAUUCUUCUUCCCCUGAAGAGGCUCAACAAGCUAAAGAUUUUAUAUUGGAACAAAUUGAAAAAGAUGAAAUGGCUCCAUAUUAUAAAUAUUUGACCACCAAAUAUUUACCUGAACAAGCUGAACAACAGGAUAAUACAAAUAAUAAUAAUAAUAAUAGUAAUAAUAAAAGUGAACAAAUAAUAACGUUUGAUUCCGCAUAUUAUGAGAAAUUAGUAAACAAGAAUAACGAAAACAUUAAAAUUUUAAAGGAUAAAUUAGAUGUCUUAAAAACUAAUGACGAAGGACCACUUGAAAUUGCUAAUGCAUGGAUUGAAUUAGGACAAUAUUUUGUUCAAAUUGCAGAUUUUGAAAAUGCUGAAAAGAUUUUACUUGGUGAUGCAUUAAGUUUUGCAAUUUCUAUUGGUGCAAAGAUUGAUAUCUAUUUUAUGAUGUUAAGACUAGCAUUUUUUUACAAUGAUUUUCCUUAUAUUAAAGAAAAAUUAGAUACAGUUAACUCUUUGAUUGAAAAGGGUGGUGAUUGGGAAAGAAGAAAUAGAUUCAAAACAUAUCUUGGUAUCUAUUCUUUGGCUAUUAGAGAUUUUACAAAAGCUGCAGAAUUAUUAGUAGAUUCUCUGGCUACAUUCACUUCAAUUGAAUUAACCUCUUAUGAAAAUAUUGCGAUGUAUGCAUCAGUCGCAGGUUUAUUUGCCUUGGAGAGAACUGAUUUAAAAUUAAAAAUUAUAGAUUCACCAGAAUUAUUGUCUUUAAUAACCUCUACGCCAGCAUUACAAUCUAUUUCAUCUCUUACAAUUGCUCUUUACACAUCUGAUUACCCAAGUUUUUUCCCAUUCUUACUGGAGACACAUGAUAACGUACUCAUUCCAUGCAAAUACUUAAACAAACAUGCUGAUUAUUUUGUAAGAGAAAUGAGAAGAAAAGUUUAUGCUCAAUUAUUGGAUUCCUAUAAGACACUUUCUUUGAAGUCAAUGGCUCAUUCAUUUGGUGUAUCCGUUGAAUUCUUAGAUAAUGAUCUUGGUAAAUUUAUUCCAAAUAAACAAUUGAAUUGUGUAAUAGAUAGAGUAAAUGGUAUUGUAGAAACAAAGAGACCAGAUAAUAAGAAUGGUCAAUAUCAUCAAUUGAUAAGACAAGGUGAUGGUCUAUUAACAAAAUUACAAAAAUAUGGUGCAGCUGUGAAAUUGACAGGUUCAGAUUAUGUUGGUUAA